GAAUGUCGGCUUUUUCGUCCUGUCUAAAUUGAAGUCUCAACAGAGAAUCUCAAAAGUUUUCAAAAUCCAGAUGUACAAGAAAUAGACACAGAAACUAACCGACACCCCAUCCCAUUUCGGCCCUAAAAAUUUCACAAUUUUUCCCCAAAACGUAUUCCCAAGAAAUCUACGAAAUGGCCAUUCUUGAUGGUAUCUUGAAGGAGCAGAGAUCCCCAUUACAUUGCACCACAAAACACGGUGACACAGCGACCGCAUGGGCCCUAUGACUUUGACUAAGAUGUCUUAUCAAAGCCAGUUAACAUUGCCGGCCGAUAAGGGAGCAAAAGACCGCCGGCACAACAGCUUUUAAAACGCAGCUAAAAUUCGGUGGCUUUAUCAUAGAUCAUAGAUAACAGACCAAGUUCUUGUUAUUAAUGUGCGAGGGGUGUGGUGUGGUGUGGCAGGCCGACUGUACAAAUCAGCAGUCAAAGCACCGGGUUGGGCUGGGCUACCACACCUGGAUCAGCCGCAACAUCUUCGACCAGCUGCCGCCCUGCGCCAUCGUCGCCGGACACGACUCGGACAAUGAUCCCAUCUAUGUGGGCCGUGCCUACCACAACGGAGACAUGCUGCAGGCCAAGGUUAUUCCCAACAAGAACCAGGCCUAUGUGGCCUGGGGCGGCGAGGAGAUCAACAAGCACGACGUAGAGAUCGUCACCGGCGACCACUACGUCUGGAUCCCGGCCAGCGGCGGACACGUUCCUCCCCAUGCCCUUCGCGUGUGUCAGACCUCCGACGGAGAGCCUCUGUUCAUUGGCCGCGGCUACUUCCAGGGCAGCCUGACGCCCGGAAAGGUGCAUCCCUCGCACCACUGCCUGUACAUCCCCUUCGGCGGAAAGGAGCACAGCCUAGAGGCGUACGAAGUGCUGGUCCAGCCGGAGACAUGGAUCUCUUCCUCCGGUGGCCAUAUCGUGCCCGGAACAGUCCAGGGCGGACACGACACCGAUGGCGAUCAGAUCUUUGUGGGCCGUGCUUACCACGAAGGUGAUUUGCUGCCAGCCAAGGUGGUUCCCAACAAGGGCUGCGCCUACGUGGCAUACGGCGGCUCCGAGCACGUCAAGCACGACUUUGAGCUGCUGGCCGGAUACGGCUAUGGCUGGGUUCCCGACAGCUUUGGCAAUGUGCCACCAAAUGCCAUCGUCUGCGGCCGUACCACCGAGGGCGAGAACCUGUACAUUGGCCGAUGCUACCACAGCGGCAGCCAGACUCCCGGCAAGGUCCAUCCGUCCCACAGCUGCCUAUACAUCCCCUUCGGUGGCGAGGAGGUGCGCCUAGAUGCCUAUGAUGUCCUCGUCAGGGGCUAAACGGUGUUUUCUUUAAUUUGGUAUUUCGUCAGCAACAAUAUUUAUAUUCCAUCAAUCACAAAAU